GAGAGCGGCUCUGGAGGCGGACGGGAGGCACACGCACGCACCUCACAGCGCCGGUGCGGCGAGGCAGAGGACCCGCGGCGCGCCCCCCCCCCGCGCCCCCCCGGCUCACUUCAUCACACGCGGGAGGAGGCGGAACGGCCCGAGGAUCCGACGACGCGGACUCGAUCUCGAUCGGCUGACGCGCGAUGGCUCUCUGACUGUCUGCGUGCGUGCGCUUACGUGCGUGCGUGUGUGCGCGCGCGACUGCGCGCUGGUCCGUCUCGCCGUGAAUUGCUGCAGUGCUGUUUUUUCUCCAGGUGUUGCAAUAUGUGUGUGAUGGAGUGAGUGCGCGCGCGCGCGCGCGUGCGUGCGUGCAUGGCGGUGUAGCUGGUGUAAUUCUCCUGACGGAUGGGACUGCGCCGCGGGGGGGAAACGGAGGCUGAUGUCACAUGUGCUUCAUCGGAGGAGACGGGGCAUCUGCGGGCGGGAUUUUGUGGAGGAUGCUGCGGCAAGUGGUCCACAGAGGGCUCAAGGCUUCGUUCUACUGGCUGGGCUUAUUCGUUAGCAGGCACCCCGUGUUCUUCCUCACCGUCCCCGCGGUCCUCACCAUCAUCUUCGGGUCCACCGUGCUCAGCCGAUUCAAGCCGGAGACGGACCUGGAGGUGCUGGUCGCGCCGACCCACAGCCUCGCCAAGAUCGAGCGCAGUCUCGCCAACAGCCUGUUCCCCAUCGACCAGUCGAAGCACAAGCUGUACUCGGAUCUGCACACGCCGGGCAGAUACGGCCGGAUCAUCCUGCUCGCCAAGUCCGGCGGGAACAUCCUGGAGCUCGCCGACCAGGUCCUGCGGGUCCACAAGCAGGUGCUGGACCUGCGCGUCAACUACAAAGGGUUCAACUACACGUUCGCGCACCUCUGCGUGCUGAGACACCGGGACAAGCGCUGCCUGCUGGACGACAUCGUCACCAUCUUCGAGGACAUCGGGCAGGCGGUGCUCUCCAACAGCACCUUCCAUAAGGUGCCCCUGAGCUACCCGAACACGACGCUGAAGGAUGGCCGUGUGUCGUUCAUCGGCCACCAGCUGGGAGGCGUGUCCUUCUCGGCCAACAGCCGCGACCAGCAGGUCAAGUUUGCCCGCGCCGUUCAGAUCACCUACUACCUCCGCAACCAUGGACCAGUGGUGCAGGAUGCCAUCGCCGAGCGCUGGGAGAACGAGUUCUGCGCACUGGUCAGCCGACUGUCGGCGGCCGAGGCGCCGAACGCGCCGGACCAGCUCCACAUCCAGUCGCUUACCUCCUUCAGCCUGUGGCGCGACUUCCACCAGACUGGCGUGUUGGCAAAGGGGGAGGUGCUGGUCAGCCUGGUGCUGGUGCUCCUGGCCGCCACCAUCUCCAGCUCUAUGCGGGACUGCCUGAGGGGGAAGCCGUUCCUGGGCCUGCUGGGCGUGCUCACCAUAUGCAUCGCCAACGUGACGGCCGCAGGGAUUUUCUUUAUAUCGGACGGGAAGUUUAACUCCACGCUACUGGGGAUCCCAUUCUUUGCCAUGGGCCAUGGAACCAAAGGUGUGUUUGAGCUGCUGGCAGGCUGGAGGAGAACGAGGGAAAACCUCCCCUUCAAGGAGCGCGUGGCGGACGCUUUUGCUGAUGUGAUGGUGUGCUACACCAUGACCAGCUCCCUCUACAUCAUCACCUUCGGCAUGGGGGCAAGCCCUUUCACCAACAUCGAGUCGGUGAAGAUUUUCUGCCAGAGCAUGUGCGUUGCCAUUGUGGUCAACUACUUCUACGUUUUCUCUUUCUACGGCUCGUGCCUGGUGUUUGCCGGACAGCUGGAGCAGAACCGCUACCACAGUGUUUUCUGUUGUAAAAUCCCCUCGGUGGAGUACCUGGACCGCCAGCCCACAUGGUUCAAAACCAUGAUGAGUGAUGGCCAUGACUUGUCCACACACCACGACAGCGUACCUUACCAGAAUCACUUCAUCCAGCACUUUCUUCGUGAGCACUAUACAGAAUGGAUUACCAACACCUAUGUCAAGCCUUUUGUAGUCAUUCUAUAUCUGAUAUACGCCUCUUUUUCGUUCAUGGGAUGUUUACAGAUCAGCGAUGGAUCAAACGUAGUGAACCUCUUGGCAAGUAACUCUCCGAGUGUUUCGUACGCUAUGACGCAGCAGAAAUACUUCAGCAACUACAGUCCCGUGAUUGGGUUCUACAUUUAUGAGCCCGUCGAGUACUGGAACUCCACGGUGCAGGAACACCUGAAGACCCUGAGUCAUGGUUUCAACAAGAUCUCUUGGAUGGACAACUUUUUCCACUACCUGCGUGUGGUAAAUGUGAGCGCGUCGACCAAGAGUGACUUCAUCUCCAUCCUCAAGGGCUCCUUCCUUCGCAGCCCGGAGUACCAGCACUUCAAUGAGGACAUCAUAUUUUCCAUGAACCGCGAAACCGAAGAGUACGACAUUAUCGCCUCGCGGAUCUACCUGGUGGCGCGGACAGCAGAGAAGAAGCGAGAGGAGGUGGUGGAGCUUCUGGAAAAGCUUCGACCGUUGAUGCUGAUCAACAGCAUCAAGUUCAUUGCAUUCAAUCCUACGUUUGUGUUCAUGGACCGCUACAGCUCCUCUGUUAUCUCACCCAUCCUGACCUCAGGCUUCAGCGUACUCACAAUCCUCAUCCUCACUUUCUUCCUGGUCAUCAAUCCGUUGGGAAACUUCUGGCUCAUCCUCACGGUAACGUCCGUGGAGCUCGGCGUCUUGGGUUUGAUGACUCUCUGGAACGUUGGCAUGGACAGCAUCUCAAUUCUGUGCCUUAUUUAUACCCUCAACUUUGCCAUGGAUCACUGUGCACCACACCUUUACACUUUUGUGCUGGCCACCGACCACACUAGGACGCAGUGCAUCAAGUUGGCACUGGAGGAGCACGGCGCUGCCAUCCUGCAGAACGCAUCCUGCUUUGUGAUCGGGAUCAUGCCCUUGGUGUUUGUGCCUUCCAAUCUGACCUACACACUGUUCAAGUGCUCCCUCCUCACGGCGGGCUGCACCGUGCUGCACUGCUUUGUCAUCCUGCCCGUCUUCCUGACCUUCUUCCCGCCAUCCAAGAAGAGACACAAGAAGAAGAAACGGGCCAAGCGCAAAGAGCGGGAGAGGGAGAGGGAGCGGGAGAGGGAAAGAGAAAGGGAGGAAAUCGAGUGUAUUGAAGUCAGGGAGAAUCCUGAUCAUGUGACAAAUGUCUGAGUAGUUAUUCAUUUUAGAAUUGAGUAUCAGUGGUUAUCCGUCCCUUAGUGGUGGGUUAGAGGUAUCCUCCAAUGGUGAGGCGCCACUUGAGGUGAAGGGGAGCCUGAUUAGUCCCCUAAGCAGUGGGAACUGGUCACUCCCAACCAAUAGCAGCUAAGCUGGCCAGAGUAGAGCACCGCCCCACUGGUCAGUUAUUCAGUCCUUCAGGUUGGACAGUGUAUCUCAUUUGCAACUGCAAACAUGCCCGUAGUUCUAAUGCUCUGCCAACUAUUUGGUAUGUUAAACGUUACUUCCCAGAAGUGAACAAAAACAAAACAUACUCAAAAUGAAUUGUAUGUGAGUCCAUUUAAAUAUUUGUCAUUCUAUGUUCACGCCUGCCGCCCUUAUCUCAUGAGAUGUGAGUGAGGAACAUUGUGGUCUGUUAAGCCAAGGGAAAGUCGGUGAAAGUAGUUAGUCCAAUAAUACAAAAGUGUACAAAUGAAACUGCACGAGACGACUGCACACACGCCUUACUCCUCACACCGUGAGAACAGAAAAAAGAAAAACCGUGGAGGGAACACAUCAUGCUUUUCUGUGACGUAAAUAAUGCUGAACAGCUGAAAUUCUGCGGAUGGCGAAGAUUUAUCUUGCACAUCGUAUCGUGCAAAUUGAACCAUUGAGGUUAAGGUUAGAGGAGACAACAAUUCUGGCUUUAUUCCAGAGGUCAGACAAGGUCGUAGACAAUGGCAAAAGGAACUUCCAUUGCCUGGGGGUUAUGAAGAGGUGAUUAGUGAGUCCAAAAGUGAAGGGCGUUUCCAAGGUUGCAAAUAUGAAACUUUUCUUGCAGGUUGAUAACAAUGGAAUGUUCCUGAGAGAGGAAUGUCUCUGUGAUCCACUUACAAAAGUGUACUGGCAUGACAUUGGUAAUUGUGAUUUAAAAGUAGCAGUGGUGCCAAAUAGUACACAUCUAUUUUUUAUUUGACAAGAGCUCUUUUACAAAAAAAAAGUCAAGAAGAUAAUAAUAGAUAAUUUGAAUGAUUGUAGGGGGGGUUCAGAUCUCGUGAAGCAGGCUUUAAAUUAAGCACCUUAUGUUUAGUAGACUGUCUCUGAAGUGAAACUAGAACAUCCAGGUUUUUGUUCCAGAACUAAGAAAAAGUUAUUUAAAGUCAUUAUAUAUAUAUAUAUAUAUAUAUAUAUAUAUAUAUAUAUAUAUAUUAUAAGACCAAAACUUUUAUUAAAGAAGUAUUAAUAUUGGACUUACAUUGAUCAGGAGUUCCAAAAACAACGCCAAAUAGUUACCAAUGUUUCUCCGUAUCUGCUACAUGUGUAAAUAAGCAAUUGCUUUCUAAUACAUACCAUCUUUUUAGGAUAUAAUUUGAUAAUUUGUAUAAAUGUGUUUUUCAGCAUGUUCUUACCCCCCCACGUAAUCCAAAAAUGCUGUUUGAUAUUAUGAAUAUUCAUAUUUCUCCAGGCCUAAGACCGUUCUGGGUUAUUCAUUUUAUUUUAUCAUCAAUUUUUUAUACAAUCAUCAAGAAUUUGGAACAACAUAUUGCCAGGAAGUGACAUUGUGACGUCUAUUUGGAGCAUUUGAACGUGAAGGUAACCUCACUCAUACAAAUACUCUUUUAAUAGUCAGUCAAAGAACUCUAAAAUGGCCGCAGUGCACCUAGAUGGUUUGUAGUUAUUCAUAUGUAUGUAUUAUAUGUGUCAAGCCCCGAUAAUAAUCUCUGUUGCAGUAGCAAAACAAACACAGUGAAGGUCAGCAGCUCUGAGAGAUACUGAUCGUUGUAUCCAGAUCUUAGCCGGUGGCGUGUGAUAGGGAGGCAGAUGUGGCUGGUUGCAGACGAGUCAAUAUGUCCCUGAGGGAUUAGCUGGGUCUUACUGGGCGGUCAUGAGGGGACACUGCUUCCUCACAGAGGACAGCCUAAAAAGGUAUCUAUGGGGAGAUUACAAUGGUCACAUUGGACCAAAUGUGAGUAAGAAAUAUGUGUUUGACAAAAGGAGUUGGCGAGGGAGGAAGAAUUAAAGUGGAAACUGAAUAACUACUUGUCAAAUUCCUCCUUCAGUAAAAAUGAAUAACAGUGAGCAAAUGAGACAGAAAGGUAAAAAAGGACUCAUAGUUUACCUACAAUAAUUUACAACAAACAAAUGUCCCACAAAAUGUCAAUGAUAACAACCUUAGAAUUUUGAUCAACCAAACAGUGGCCAACUUAGACUUAUUUGUGCAGAAGCUGCAGUGAACGUCACAUUAUGUGAAAGCCAUGUCACGUAUGUAUAGGAAAAAGUUUUGAAAUGUUUGAAACACGGGAAAGAAAUGCAAAUCUGAAACAAUUUACUUCCCAAAGUGAACUGUGUUUGCAUGGCAAAGUAUUGUAUGUAUGCAUGCAUUUAAUUUUUCUGUAUGAAGUCUGCAUUGUUUUGUUUUUUUCUCGGGUUUUUGCUACGCUGUACUGACUUAUGUUUGUUUCUUUGAUGCAUAUUCUGUAACAUCAUGUGCUGCAAAAGAACAAAAUGAGUAACAUAUGUUCCUACACAAAGGCUAAAGGAUAUUUCAUGUGUAAUAUAACUGUAAAUUACUAUUUUCUAUAUUUUAUAACAAAAAUAUACUAUAGAAAGAUUUUUAAUCACAGCAUUUUCUUAAAAAACAUAAUAAAAAGGGAAAAAGUUGAACAAAGUAGGCCAGUAAUAAACAGUGGAAUGUUACCAGUAUAGUAGAUCUUAUUCCUUGCACACACUGGACUGUCAAUGUAUGCUUGUAUAUGGGAAAAUGUGGAAGCCAUUUUAUUGUUUGUUUGUUGGUCUUAACUCUAUUAUGUACUUGGUCCUAACAUUUAAGGAAGUCGUCCAGUACUCAACAGCAUUUCUGAAAAACAGGACAGAUUAUUAGGGUUUGUAAUAAUCCCUUUUCCGAAAACCAUAGGUCAAAAAUGUACAAAACAUGUCCGAAGCUAUUACAGAAUGCUAUGGAGGCAGAUAUCUGGCAUUACAGGUACGUACUUCCUAAAUUAGUGUCCUGUUUAGGUCAUUGCUGCCUAGUAAGCUAUUGCUGUUACCUGGCUACUUUUAAAUUUUUUUAGCUUUGUUAGAAUUAGCAUCAUUCCCAAUGCUAAAUGCAAUCAAAUUAGGCAGCUCUGUAUUAAAAUAGCGUUAUUAGCAUUUAAUAAAAAUGUAUUCAAGGCAACGCACUGAUUCCUACCAAUGGGUUAUAUAAGCAACAUGGAAUAUACGGUAUUUAAAGACGGAUUUAUAUUAUCCUCAAAGUCCCUUUGAUAAAAAUACAACCUUAAAAGGACCAGUGUGAAGAAAUUCAGGGGAUUUAUUAGCGGAAAUGAAAUACAAUAUCCACAACUAUGUUUUCACCUGAAAGACACCGUUGCUUUCCAACAUGCUUGUGAAACUGCAAAGCACGGAUCUGGGCCCCAGACACUUACUAGUGUUGUUGUGUCCAGGAUCGCCUCAGAGCGAGGCUAAUUGCUUUAUCAUGAUGUUGCACAUGGUGGAAUACAUCGCCUCAGUAUGGUAUGGCAACAUGUGCAGAUGAGUAUUGCAAGACUAUGAACUUGUAUUAUGUAGAAUUAUUCUUAUUGUCGACAAAUGCCCAGAAAAGACCAUAAACAACAUUUUUCUAUCCAAUGUUUUUAAGUUCCUCUGCUUGCGAUCUUUGGGUCCUAAAUCCACCAAGAUAGGCUUGGUUCCAAUACAAUUUCAUCUUCUCAUAAGUUUGUUUCUUUGUUCAAAUAUAGUUUGAAUCCUAUAUAUUUGUAGUAGAA